AUGUCGUCGGGACACUUGUCGUCUCUUUGCCGUCAACCGUCGCGGAAAGGCGUGCAGCUCUUUGCCUCACUCAAUAAGAUCACGAGUGCGCCAAUCACAUCCGGCCGUCGCGUGGCGCUUGUGUACGCCUUGACGUGUGACGCGCAGUCGUGGGUGCCGCCAGUGAUCCGAGACGACGUCGUCGAGGGAUUUGCGACGAUCGCGCAAGACCCACCGAAUGAAGUUUGGUACGUCGCGCGGGCAGUUGACUUGAACUCGACGACCCUCGAGGUCGUGAACCUCAAGCGCCUCGACGCGACAUUCGUCGAUUUACUUGUUGCGACGGGCGACUACGACGUUGCGCUUGCCAGGUUCGCGGACUGCGAUGUGUAUGUCUAUGACAAAUACGGCACUGCAUUCGAAGUCACGAGCGAGUUCGACGCCUACGAAGAGGACGACGAUCAUGACGGCCAUGACAAAGCAUGUGACGAUGAUGACGGUGAAGACGACGACUCGUGGUGCUACAUGCCGUGGUAUGAAAAUAUCAUCGUGGACUUCACGCACCACGAAGCGUGCAAUGUCCCCGACGCUAUCCUUUGGAAGCUCGAAUGCAAUACGGCCGACUUCUUCCUGCGCAGUCGGCGCGCUGGCGACGGUCGGUUCAAACUGCCCGGCGCUGCAAUCGUCUUUUGGCCCAAGAGCCGUCGCCUCACGAUCGCGGAGGCGAUCGGUGCUCUCGAGAUGCUGCGCGACGCCAUCGAAUGUGGCGACGUGGGCACUCUCGGCCUUGGACUCCGCGAGUUUCCAUGCCGGGGUCACGAUGGGCAGCUCUUGCUCCAGUACAAGGAUAUGGAGCUGCUCGAGCCCUUCAUUCGGGAUACGCAGCAUCUCCCGUUGGACGAAGCCAACGACACUGCGCGCUUCAUCCAUACGAGCUUGGAAACGUGUAGCUGGCCGGCACUGCUGCCUGCCAUGGAGAGCUUCCUCGCGCGUGCAGCACGGAAGAGCGACGCCUCCGCUAUUUGCCGCCUUCUAGCCAGCUUGGCAGGUCUGGCUUCGGCAGACGACGCUGUCUGUCCGCCGCUGACGCAGCCGUACACUGGUGAGUUUCUCAAGUCCUGUUGGCAGGCGGUUGUCAUCGAGCCCGAGUUUCGACCCGGUAACGCUCCGACGGAGCACUGCAUUCUCUUGGAUUGGUACUUUGACGAUUUCCUGCCGACGCGUCCGGGCGACAACUACCUCGGCCAGUGGCUACCACCUCCGCUGCUCCUG